AGAUCUCCCAGCCCCACCCCUCCCAGGGCCAGAAGUUGUGUGCGCAGCUUUGGAAUAUAUAUCUGCACACGGUGCUGCGUGGCUUUUCUGAGUGUUACGGCGCCCUCCUCCCGCCCCCUCACUGCGCGGGCGGGGACCUAUCGGUUCCUCUCCGCAGUAGCCCGGGAGAAAAGAGGACCCCCGGGAGCGGGACCCCGGCGUCCGGUCGCCCAGCCCUGUUCAGGCUUGGGCCCGCAUGGAGGCGACAGUGGAGUCUCCGACGCCUGACCUGCGAGACGUGGAGGGCAAGGUGGGCAGGAAGACCCCCGAAGGGCUGCUCCGCGGGCUGCGCGGCGAGUGGGAGCCAGGAACCUCCGGCGCCCUGCUGCUCCCGGGGGCGCCUAGCUCGGGCCACGGCCUGGGGGACAAGAUCAUGGCGCUGAGGAUGGAGCUGGCUUACCUGCGAGCCAUUGAUGUGAAGAUCCUGCAGCAGCUGGUGACCUUGAAUGAGGGCAUCGAGGCCGUGCGCUGGUUAUUGGAAGAGCGGGGAACGUUGACCAGCCAUUGCAGCAGUCUCACCAGCAGUCAGUAUAGCCUGACAGGCGGGAGCCCAGGCCGCUCAAGGCGAGGCAGCUGGGACAGCCUGCCAGAUACCAACUCCACUGACCGACUGGACAGUGUCUCCAUUGGCAGCUUUCUGGACACAGUGGUCCCUAGUGAGGUGGAUGAACAGGCCCCCCCUGGGGCUCCCUAUCCUGAGAUGGACUGGGCAAAGGCUCUACCUGGUGGGGAGAGGGGCAGGCCUGAGAUGGACCUGACAGUUGCUAGGUUAGGGAGCUUGAGGGCUGUGUGGAAGCCCCCAGGAGAGGGGCUCCAAGGUGGGCCACCUGUGUCACCAGAGGAAGAGAGGGCCAUGUUGGGCUUGGAGGCCCACUGGUACUGGGAGCAGUGCCCAGAUGAUGUGACCUUCUUGUAACCACUUUCCCACCUCUUUUGUAUUCCUGUGGCUCUUUGAUCCCGCAACCCUUGUCUCCCCCAAUUUUACUCUCCCUCAAUCUGGGAUUAGGAAGAAGCUGCUCUGAAAUGAGUUACCAUGGAAACCUGGCUCACCAUCCUCUGGUCCCUAGGGUGUCUCUACCUUUAUCCCUCAAUUAUUGGGCCUCUAGAGCUAUUUCCAUAGAAAUACUGACUCAAGAGGAUUGGCCUGUGGCUCCUAGGGUGAUGGUAUCACCCUCCCACCCCCACUAGGUAACCAUUAAAGAAUUUAGGACCCCUCAGAAGAUCAUUGAUGAAAAGAUGGGGGUGUAAUUACCUCACCCAAGGUCUACGAACCUUGGCCAAGAUGAAGGAUUGACAGGGACAUUCAGGGCCAACCUUCCACGGAUUGGCCCCCCCAAAAGCCUUUGGGGUUGGAGGACCCAUCUCCUCCUGUCUACUGAGUGAUGUUGUUUCUGGCCAGGAUGGCCCUGGCCCUUCCUCUAUGCCAGUCCUUGGUGGUAGGUCAGUGUCGGGGUGUCUGAGUCCCACGCUGCUAAGUGAUAUGAAUCCUUUAUUGUCCAUACCAUUAAUUCUUGUGAAUGGGAACACAUCACCCCUUUUGGCAGGAAAGUUUCUCACUGUCAGAUGUUUGUGCCUCUUUUCUGAAGGUUGUUACUUUUUUUUUUUAUGUUGUUGGAAGAUCUUUAUUUUUUCUUUAAAUGUUUACAAUUAAUAAGCAUUGCAUUUGAAUACAGGAACAAUACUUUUUUUUUUUUUUUUUUUUUGAGACAGUCUCAAGCUCUCACCCUGGGUAGAGUGCUGUGCUGUCACAGCUCACAGCAACCUUCAACUCUUGGGCUUAAGUGAUUCUCUUGCCUGAGCCUCCCAAGUAGCUGGGAUUACUUUUACAGGUGUCCACACCAACGCCCAGCUAUUUUUUGGUUGUAGUUGUUGUUUGGCAGGCCCGGGCUGGGUUCAAACCUGCCAGCUCUGGUGUAUGUGGCUAGCUCCUUAGCUGCUUGAGCUACAGGCACGGAGCCAUAAUACUUAUUUUUAAAUGAAAGAAAAUUAUGAUUUUUUUUCCUCAGAAAAUACCAUAUGACUGUUUUUAGGUUAUGUUCUCAUUUUAUCCUAGGUCUCACUUCCCUUGUAGUGGCAUACAUCUCUGGUGCCAGCACUCCUCUCUCUAUGCUUUUAGGGAGAGAAACCAUCAGGGGCCUCUACUUAAGGCUCUCAAGUUUGUUAGGCUGGCCCUGCCUGCUGCAGUCCCUGCACUUGUCCCCAUUCCUGUAUUCUGGCCUCAUAGCUGCCUGCCAGCAGGUUCAGCUUCUGUGUCUACACACCUUCUCAGUUUCCUCCUCAGGCCUCAAGGCUUUUAUAUGUAGAUGAGUCUUGGCCUCCUCUCCCCUUGGUUGAUGGGGGCCAGGGAGGGAGAAGCUCUAGGUCACAGAGUUCUGGGGCUAUAAAGAAUCUUGGAAUCUUGGAUGGAGAAGAUGUCUUCUCUGACUCCCCUUCCCCCACCCUGUCACUGGCCUUCCUCUGUCUGGUCACAAGGUUGCCUGCUGGAGGUUGGGAUACAAGGAAUCCCCUUGUCUGGGCUACAAUGUGGGGGUGUGGCAGGGAAAGACAAAGGCUUUUUGGUCUCUAGGUUCAUGGAGGGAUGGGGAAGGGAACAAGAGAAAGGCCUCUUUCCUUCCUUCUUAGGGCAAGCCCUUACUCCUGGGACCUGAGGAGGGAGCAAGGGACUGAAUCCCAGGGCCCUAGUGAAUUACAUCAAAGGAAUCCAGGGACACUGCCAGUCUGGCACUCAGAGAGGGGUCAGGCCCAGAGAGGGGGGACAGGGCUAUGGCUAAUGUGAGAGAAUGAUUUCUUGGAGAUUAAUCUGCUGAACUCCAGGCAGUCAGAAAGUCCUUAUCUUUCCUGAGCCCUGAAAUUAGACUGAUGGAGAGAAACAAAUGCAGAAAGAGGACGUCAGGUGAUCUUAGGCUGUUCACUGUGUCCUCUUGCAUUGGUGCGUCUUCCCCAAAUUCUGGAAUAACUCUUACCAUUUCCCUGCUUUUCAUUCUACGAAUAUUGGGGAAGGGAAGGAAGCCAAUUAAUCAUGUUUAUUUCCCCUAAACUCCCUUAUGUCUUGUUUUGCAACUUCCAUUCCAGUCCUUCUGGAACAAUACAUUCACGCUCUGGCCCUCCCCUAAAGACCCUCUUUUCCCCUCUUGUCCCCUGAAAUGAUUGAAAUAUCCAAAGUAUAUUCUUGGCCUCUUCUGUGAUGCCCACAAGACCUCUCCUUAAUGAUCUUGAAGCUCCCGACUUCCUCUCAGAUUUUUUUUUUUCUUCAGUUUUUGACCAGGGCUGGGUUUGAACCCACCACCUCCAGCAUAUGGGGCCAGCACCCUACUCCUUUGAGCCACAGGUGCCGCCCUCAGAUUAGGAAUUUUAAUACCUUGUUCCAGUCUCUACUCUGUUGCCAUUUUGUAGUGUGCCCUUAGGUAACUACCUUUCCUCUUGGAAGCCAUUGUACAGUAUCCCUUCUUGAGCCUCACUUUUUCUUUCUUUCUUUUUUUUUUUUUGUAGACACAGAGUCUCACUUUGUCGCCCUGAGUAGAGUGCUGUGGCAUCACACAGCUCACAGCAACCUCCAACUCCUUGGCUUAGGUGAUUCUCUUGCCUCAGUCUCCCAAGUAGCUGGGACUACAGGUGCCUGCCACAACGCCCGGCUACUUUUUUGUUGCAGUUUGGCCAGGGCCAGGUUCGAAUCUGCCACCCUUGGUAUAUGGGGUCGGUGCCCUACUUACUGAGCCACAGGCGCCGCCCCCACUUUUUCUUUUUUUUUAGAGAUGGGGUCUCGCUUUGUUGCUCAGUCUGGAGUGCAGUGGCAUGAUUAUAGCUCACUGCUAUCUUUUUUUAUGCUUUAUUUUUAGACAGAGUCUCAUUUUGUCACCCUUGGUAGAUUGCCAUUGCGUCAUAGCUCAUAGCAACUUCAAACUCUUGGGCUCAAAUGAUCCUCUUGCCUCAGUUUUCAUUUUAAGUAGAGAUGGGGUCUCACUCUUGCUCAGGCUGGUCUCGAAUUUGUGAGCUCAAGUGAUCCACCCCCUUAGCCUCCCAGAGUGCUAAGAUUACAGGUGUGAGCCACCCUGCCUAGCCCUCACUGCUAUCUUGAACUUCUGGGUUCAAGUGAUCCUCCUGAGAGGCUGAGAUCACAGGUGUGCACCAGCUGGCUACUCACCUUUUUCUUGAGGCUGCAAAAUUCUGAGCUGAAGAGGUUGCUUGCCCCCUUGUGGCCAUUAUGCACCAUUGCGGGUGGUGGUGGUUUCUGGGUAGAACUUCCAAACUCAAAAAUAAACAGCCUUCCGGAAGACCAGCCUCCUCAGUGGAGACAGGCCUAGAGAGGCAUAGACUUGCCCAGUGUCACCAGAAUUCAGAUUGUCUGCCUGCAUCCCCACAGCUCCAUCACUUGUUCUGACUGUUCCCAGCAAACACCACCAAAGCCCAAAGAGACUGAAAGCAACUCCCCCCCCCCCCCAAUAAUGUUUGUAUUCUCAGCUCUCCACGAAGAGGCCUCUCAGUCUUUACAGAAAGAGCUGUAGGCUCUGAGGAAAGAGAACCCUGGGCUUGGACUGGGUGAAGGGUACAUAGUCUGGACUGCAGAUAGGAAGAUCAAUCAUGGACCAGGCUUUUUUUCUGAGAAGGAGAGCUAGUAGGUCUAGACAUCAAGGGAGCAGAGCUGGGCAUUUCAGACCUGGAGGUUAGAAGUGGGGAUGGGGAGCUGUGAAAUUAGGAAAUCCAUAUCUUGUAGAGGUGGGUGGAGUGGGAGCUCCAGGGAAUAACAGGUCAGUUGGAUAGGCAUCUGAAUUUUAAGGGUUAGAGAAGUAGAAUGAGUGAGGCUGCCUGCAUAGUCCAGGUGGGUCUGGCCAUCCUGUCUGAAUACCUUAGGCUCCAGUUCACUACUACCCUGUUUCCCCGAAAAUAAGACAGUGUCUUAUUUUAAGGUGUGCUCCCAAAGAUGUGCUAGGUCUUAUUUUCAGGGGACGUCUUAUCGGUCCUGUAAGUAGGUCUUAUUUUCGGGAAACAGGGUAGAGAAACCCAGGAACCUCAGAAACCUCUAGAUUGGUUGGUUGGGGCUCCUGUUAGCUUAGACUUUUCUGGGUUACAGGGAGGAGCUGUUUGAGAGCUAGAAGAAAGAGAAGGAAUAAAAGGGAGAUACACAGAGAGACGAGAGAAUAAAAUGAAAACAGGGUGCGGAAAAUAUCAGAGGGAGCACACUGCCUUCCAAGUGCACUGAGGGCUUUUGUUGGGGUUCAGGAUAAAAGCAGUGAUGAGACUUCAUGGCAGCUGCAGAAACAUUGCUGGGAGAAUAAAGGGCGAUACUGGCCAGGAUGGGCCUAUCAAGGGGACACAAGAUCAUGGGAGUGGGGAGGUGUAAGGGCCUGCACUGAGGAUGGGCGUGGUGAGGUUGAGGCUUGAGCUAACUGAAAGCACAGUGGCAGGUUCCGUGAGAAAUGCCUGGGUGUUGUACUGGACACAAGGUACUAGUGAUAAACUGGAUGUUCACUGACACCUGUUCAAUGCAUGAGUCACCCAUAAGGAGGAGAUGUGACUUAAAAAGUUGGCCAUUUAUAAAUUAG